AUGGGAAUGAGGUUGGAAUCAGCAGAAGUUCAAGCGAUUUUGAAACAGUUUAUUAUUAGCGACGAUGAUUUGCUUACCAUUAGCGGUAAAAUAGAAGCAGAAAUGAAAGCUGGUCUUGCCAGUGUAGACGGGUCUUCAAUAGCUAUGUUGCCUUCUUAUGUACCUGCAUUACCGGAUGGAUCAGGUGAGCAGUUUUGA